UAUAUUUUUUCUACAACUAUAUAUAUAUCAUAAUUUUUUGAUCUCUUAACGGCUAAUAAAUAUAAAGGAAACAGAAAAGGCAUAAAAUAUUCAAUAUUUUUCUGAAUUAUCUAUUUGCAUCCACAAUAAUAACAAAAGCAAAAAAAAACUAAAAAGUUAAUCCAAAACUAUGACCGAUUCAAUGACUGCUGCUUCAGCCGAACGUUGUGUUUUGUGUUUAGAUCAAAAACGUUCACCGGUGCGUAUACACUGUGGUCACUCCUUCUGCUAUGGCUGUCUUGAUGUCUAUAAAUCCUAUAAAAAAUAUCCUUGGGCUAAUAAGUGUCCCAUUUGUCGAGAUGCAUUAAAGGAAAAGAAAACGACCAAACGUAAAUAUUCCGAAAUGAAUUCUAUGCAAAACAAUUCAACUACAAUAAAUAUAAAUUCUAUGCUGAGUGCAUCUCAAUCGAUUCCGCCCGAAGAAAUUUGUAUUUUAGAAGAAUUUAUGGCUUUAGCCUCAGACUAUGAUAAUAGUGGAGAAAAUCUAUCAGAUAAUACCCAACAAUAUAUAGAUUUGGAUGAAUAUGAAAAUGAUACUAUUCACGAUCUUACCGGCAAUAAUGAUGAUGAUAAUGAUAAUUACGAUGAAGAUGAUCAAUCAGAUUUUGAGAAUAAUAGUUAUGAAGAAGAAUUAGAUUUUUAUAGCGAUACCGAUGGUGAUGUUGAUGAUGAUGAAGAUGAUGAUAAUUACUAUUAUUUUGCUGAAGAUGGACCUGGGGGAAGUAGAGAGGUUCCAAGCACUAUGACGAGAGAUUGCUAUAAUACUGAUAUAGAUUGGGAAACUGUUAUUGGUUCGGAUGUUAUAAUUAUUGAUUAGUUAUAAAUUGAGUUUUUUAUACAUGUUUUUUGUUAAAAUAAUUGUAUUUUAAAAUUGUGAGUUUUAAGUUGAUUUUUACUGUAAUUUUGUUUUAUAUUUUGGUUUAAUAAAUUUUAGAAAAAAUUCUCAA